AUGACACCACCACAGUCAUGCCUUCAGUCCAACAAGGAGCUCGCAACAGAUCCCAAACGACCCACCAAUGCAGACAGUGCUAGACCAGAUACUUCUACCUCCUCAGCCGAUGUCGAUCAGGAGGAAAAGCAACAGCAAUCAGCAUCAGCUCCGAGCAGCGACGACAACAACAACAACAACAACAACAACAACAACAACAACGGCAAACGCAAACCCAACUUCAAUCGCACAGCAAGGCACUGGAAGCGAUUCGUCAAGUUGGUCGGCCUCGAUCCUCUUCCAUGGUAUAUCUCUUGGCUCGCACCUACCUUGACAUGGCCAAAGCUCAAACCCGUCCUUCGAUCCGCUCUCCUCGCAUGGAUCUGUAUGGUCCUCCUCAUCAUUACACCUUCCGAACGCGCCCUUGGCAGUGCUUCUUUCCUCGUUCUCGUCGGUGCUUUCAUCCAGCCAGCAGAAGUACCGUUGGCUGCUAUCCUCGAACGCGAGUUUUUCACUCUUCUCUUUGUCUGCGCUGCUUGGGCCUGGUCCAUUAUCGCUAUCGCCCUCUCUUACGCCGUGCGCAACAACAAGCUUCCCCGUGCCCAGACCGACAUAUCACUUGCUAUCCAGGGACAUUACAUCGAGGCAAGAGCCAGCAUUGUCUGUGCCCUCUUCCUCGCUCUAGGUUCGGCAGUGGUGCUCUACGUCAAGAUUCGCUUUGGCCCAGGUCCUUUCCUCUUUGCAUCCGUGUUGAGCUGCAUUCUCCUCAACAUCUGUUUGACCUAUGCUCCGCUCUAUCCCUUUCCAUUCUACACUCUCGGCCAAUCGGUUGUCGUGCCACUCGCAGUCAAGGCAGCGAUCAACAUUUUGAUCAGCAUCGUCUUCUUUCCCAAAUCCGUCAACUCACAAUUCCUUGAACGGCUCGUCGCCGUUCUCAACCCGAUUGCAGAUGCCUGUGGUGAUCAGGUCAACUUGCUCCACACUUCGCCCCUCGACACGCCGUCUGACAGUCAAGAUGCACGAAAGCCUGGCGAGGCGAACAAGCAAGGCUUUAACUUUGACUUUAUCGCCAACAAGCUGUCAGCCGCAGAAGGUGGGUUGAUGCCGCUUGCCAUCUCCUCGCGUUUGCUGACACGUGAGAUUUCAUUUGGUUUGGCUAAUGGUGACGAUCUCAAGGCAUUGGAGCGCUUGACAAGGUCACUUGUCGCACCUGCAGAUGGCUGGUCUUACUACUAUUCCUCGAUCAAGGCAGACAUUCGCUCGGCGCACUUCCCCAAGGCGCCAGUGCCAUCCCGCUUGGCAACACCCGCCAUCACGCCUCCAACCUCGCUCCAACAUCCCAGAGAUGCUUCGGAAUCCGGACAUGGUGGUCUUUACCACCACCACCACCACCAACACCACCACCACCAGCAUGUGCAAGCGCAUCACAACCAACCGCUGCAUCCGCCAUCGCGACCCCAUUCGCCAGCAGCGACACCACACACGCCCCUCGGGUCACCUGCUCCUGCUGGAGGCCUGACUGCUCAUGAAACAGCAUCGCAGAUGUUGCUUGGUCAUGCAUCCGCUACAUUGGCUCCUCAUCGCGAGUCUCGGCUGAGCGGCCAAGUCUAUCCUAGCGACACGCACGAUUCAUCUCAUCCAGCUAGCUUCCGCCAACUCGAUGAACAUUCCUCCGUUCAGCCAGGUGACGAGCUUGCCUCCUCUCGUUUCCGCAAGAUCACCCGAUCCAUCGCUGCAGCUUCACGCAGCUCCUCACCACGACGCUGGAUUCACCACGAACAUCAUACCUCCACAGAUGUCGGCGAUCAUGCGCAUAACUCCCACCACUCGCAACACAAAGAUCCGCACCACCACCAUCACGCCUGGGACAGAUCGAGCCAGUUCCUUCACAACUUUGUUCACAAGCGCGACUCUGCUCCGGUCGCCAUCUGGGAAUCAAUUCGUUUCGGCAAUUUGGAGACCUACCUGCACACCUCGACAUCUAACUACAUCACCGAGAUGUUUGCUCAGCUCAUUCGUGAGACUUCAAGCGAACUUCUUACUGCUGAUGCAGAAGCAAUUCGACAUAUCGUCACUUGGUUGAAGCAUCUCAAUUCGCAUCGAUACAGGUUUUUGCACGAUCGGCUCUUCAUGUCAGCAGAGGCACGCGCGCACAAGGGACGCAAGCAGGCAGAAGAAACGAGCAAAGUCAUUUCCAGCCUCGAAGCUCGAUUGGAAGAGUUCAGAAAAGAAAAGCGACUCAAAGUGCUAGAUCCAUAUCGUGACGCACUCAAAGCGCACCAAGAAGCUGCGUUGAGUAGCAACAAUCUUGCUGCAGAGUUGGAUCUACGGACGGGUCCAGGAGAGAUUGGUAAGAUUCAUCACAGGUAUCUCUACCAAGCCUGGUUGCACCAGUUUCACACUAUCAGUUUUACGGAAAGGUUGCUGGCCUUGUUGAGGAAGGUGGAGACGAUUCAGAAGCAGAGGACGGUAGCGUCGGUGUGGUAUCCGCAUUGGCCUAGGAUGUUUUCGGUGGAUGCGUGGAGGAAUACUUUGGGUGAUGGGCAUGAGGCGCAUGAGCCGGAUGAUGAUCCGGAGCACAUUCCUGAUAUCACGAAUGAUACGCCGCUUGCCUCUAGACAGCGCAGUAAGAGUAGUCAGACUGUUGCUGAGCAAGAGACUUGCAUGGAUAGCAGUGCGGGGAAAAGGAAAGAGAAAGAUGUGGCGACACAUGUCCAUGCACAUGCGCACUUCCCUUGUGAUGAUGCCGACCACGAUUCCAGCACGGCCGAUCCCAUCGUCGAUCUUGGCUCUACUCGUGCUAGAGACCCAGACGCUUUGGAUCCUGAAGGAUUCCUCCAAGUCAUUGGCAACACUAUCUACUUUUGGACCCGUCGACCCUUCCAAGGUAACGCACUAUUCGGUAUCAAAGCAGCUGCCCUCAUCGCUCUUGUCUCUCUUCCUGCCUAUAUCAAAUCCUCCGCAGGUUGGUGCUAUGAGAAUAGGGCAAUUUGGGCUAUCUUUAUGGCUCAACUCACCCUUGCGCGGUUCCGAGGCGAAACAGCCUUUGCACUUCUCUCCCGUAUCUUGGCUACUGUGAUUGGGGCUGUAUUUGCGCUUAUCAUCUGGUACAUCUCCACAGGCUCAGGUAGAGGCAAUGCCUACGGCUUGGGCGCGACAACAGCAGUGGCUUUCCCACCUUUGAUGCUGUUCAGGAUUUACUUGCCCGGUCCACCGAUCACGCCGAUUAUUGCCUCUGUCACAACAGCGCUCAUUGUCGGAUACAGCUGGAAAGACGUCACUAACCCAACUCCUGGUGCACCGGGUUAUGGAUGGGAUACGUCGUGGAGGAGGUUUGUUGCGGUUGUUGUUGGUGUUUCGGCCGCGUACAUUUUCAGCUAUCUUCCGCCGAGUUCGACGUUGAGGCAGUAUCAGAGGUUAUCGCAUGCAGCGACGAUUGCCGAGUUGGGAAGGGUGUAUUGUAGUGUUGUUGGGAUUGCUAGUCAUCCUCAUCAGCAGCAUCAGCAUCAGCAUCAGCAUCAGCAUCAGCAUCAGCAUCAGCAUCAGCAACAGCAACAGCAACAGCAACAGCAACAGCAACAGCAACAGCAACAGCAACAGCAACAGCAACAGCAACAGCAACAGCAUACAACAUCCGGGUUGGAGAAGAAUCGUAGAUCCAGACCUAGCUCAAGACGUCCCUCUCUGCACUCUCACCGACCCGAACCCGCGACUGGAGCAGCUGUGGAAGCAGCAUUACUCAACGCACACCCAUCCUCCGAGUUGGUGCGGAAACGAAUCAUCGGCAUCCGUGCCAAAUUGCACCGGUUGAGCAUGAUCUCGGUCAACGUCUCCUACGAGUUUUCCCUUCGUGGACGUUGGCCUGAAGCACGCUACAGAGAGUUGUUCGAAGUACAGAUGCAGAUCAGCAAACUUCUCUCUCACUGCUUAGCCAUUUUUGAGCGGUUAGGCGCCGCAUAUUCGAUCGCAUUGCUCCGUCGAACGCGCUUCCUCGACCCAAGAUUCCUAGGCGAUGUAGUAAGCGUGAUCUCAAUGUGCUCUACGGCGCUGAAAACAGGGGAACCAUUACCACAGGUGACACCUUGUCCACUAGUAGAUCGAUUCAUGGAUACUCCUCACGGACUACACGCUUACCUACCCCCCGACCCAAUCGAUACACCGGGAGGGGCACAUGAAGGCGUGGAGGCGAUUUUGUCCACUCUGCCGAGCAAGAUAACGAUGAGCACACUGCAAGAUGCCGAGUACAUGACCUUUUCCGUCGGUGUAGCUACUUUGUUCGGGCUGGUGGUUAGGAUUGAUAAGCUGUGCGUGGCGGUGAAGGAGUUGGUGGGGGAAAGUUAUGCGGUGCCGGUGGACGUAAGGCGAAUGUUGAGUACUAAACACUAUCAACAGUAUCGUUGA